AUGUCACAAUUGUUAUACAAGUAUUUUUUACAAAAAACGAAUCUUGAUCAUUUAGUUACUUUUGGAGAUGCUAACCAUGAUCCAUAUUUUGAAGAGAUUCCGGAUAACGAAUUACACUUUUAUCAGCGGAAAGGAGCUAAAAGAAGAAGAAAAUUACCUGACUUCAUUCCGAAGCAUGAUUUAAAGAUUUUGAAUAGUGUUAAAAACCGAGCUUAUCGAUUGGACUUACUGUUGAACUUGUGUGGAUUAAGAAUAGGUUGGGCUGGAGUCAUUGGGUUGAUUCCUUGGAUAGGUGACAUUAUUGCCUUUUAUUUUGCAUUGCAAUUGGUUAGAAAGGCAAGAACUAUAGAGGGAGGGUUACCAAAAGGGUUGGAAGCGGAAAUGAUGGCCAAUGUCAUGUUCGAUUUUGGUAUUGGAUUAAUUCCAAUUGUCGGAGACUUUAUCAACGUUUUGUAUAAAUGUAAUUCAAGGAAUUUCAUAUUAUUGGAAAAAUAUUUGGUCAAGAAGUAUGGUGCCAUUGCAAACCCGCUUCCUCCUUCCAACCCUUCAGUUACACAAACGCCUAUCAAUAAUAAUUUGAACCCUCCGUCUAAUCCAUCUGGCAGAGAGACACCGACUGCUCACAUUUCUAACCGCCCGCCUAACCCUCCUCCUCGAGAUUUAUAA